UUCCUCCAAACAGUGAAUAAUUUGUUAUAAGGUAUGGUAGUUAGAUACUCGUUGAGGAAGGGGAGGAGGAUUCUGGUCUACAGUUGCAUUUAACAGGGGAAGGCUAAAAGGCGUUACUUUGAAACAGUCAAAAGUAAAAGAAGAGUUUGUUAAUCGGACGCUCGCGGAAAGGAUUCAGUCUCGGGACAAGAUGAUCGCCUCACUGCCGCUGAUCUUACUGGCUGUUUCACACGUUUGUUUCACCCAGGGAUACGAAGGUUCUGGAUAUUCACCUGCAGAAGAUGAGGAAGAGUCUUACACAUACAGUAACUCAAAAGAAACUCCAUGGUGCUCUCCAAUAAGUGUGAAAAAUGGCCAAGUCAGCUGCCACACACCUCGGGGUGAAUACAUGAAGAAUGUGCUAGGAUCAACGUGUGAUAUCCGCUGCCAGAAAGGAUAUGAGCUAGAUGGAGCCCAACAAGUUGUAUGUAUGACCAGCAAACGCUGGUCCGGAAGCUUUUAUUGCAAACAGGUUCGAUGCCCAUCACUUUCAAUGCCUGUUAAUGGUCGUUACAAGUGCUCAGAUGGUUCAUACUUUGGAUCUAGAUGCGAGUACUUUUGUUCACCAGGGUAUACAUUAAAAGGUGACAAAACAACAACCUGUAUGGACAGCAGAGCAUGGCAUGGAAAACGACCUACUUGUGUUGAUCUAGAGGCCCCAGAAAUCCGCUGUCCCAGUGUGAAAGAAAAAAUUGCAGACCCUGGAACAGUGACUGUUCGAGUGUUCUGGGAUACUCCUGAGGGGCGGGACUCAGCUGAUGGCAUCUUAACUGAUGUGAUCUUAAAAGGCCCACCCCCAGGGACUAUAUUCUCUGAAGGUGACCACAACAUCCAGUACACAGUUUUUGACCGAGCAGAAAAUAAAGCAUCUUGCAAAUUUCAAGUUAGAGUGAGAGUCAGACGUUGUGGAAAGCUUGCUGUACCAGAAAAUGGUAUGAUGAAGUGCAACAGUGAUGGGGACAAUUAUGGUGCCAGUUGUGUGUUUACCUGUUUGGGAGGGUAUGAGCUGCAGGGAAGUGGAACCAGAGUCUGCCAAUAUGGACAAACGUGGUCUGGAACAGAUGCCUCCUGUUCACCCAUGCAGAUUAAUAUUAUGGUGAGAACUGCAUCUGCUCUUCUAGACCAGUUCUAUGAGAAAAGACGACUACUGAUUGUUUCUACUCCCACGGCUGCCAGUUACUUCUACAGAUUUCAGAUGGGAGCACUUUUGCGUUCUCAGUGUAACCUGGAUCUUAGGCAUGUCACAGUUAUUGAGAUUGUUGGUGUUUAUCCUACAGUUAUAGGACGAAUAAGACAUAGGCUGUUGCCACCAUCACUUGCGCUACAGCUAAGGGUGUUACUGCGAAUGUCCCACACUAAUUUUAACAUGGUGCUUAUUGAUAAACAUGGCAUGGACAAGGAACGCUACAGUUUCCCAGUUACUCCUGCUGAGAUCUUCACAUUAAUUGAUACUUUUAGUUUACGGAAAGAAGAAAUGAAAUUACAAGCAGAAGCAGGACAGACAUGCAGCCAAAACUGAACACAGGCAUAUUAUUUUCCAUAACAGAAUUAUUUGUCUCUGUCUCUCCAAUGGUGCUACAUGGAGCAUAGCUUUCUAAUGUUGAUGUAUACAUUCGUUGGUAUUUCCAUUAUGGUAUUAUAUUAUAUUAUACAUUCUUUUUUUGACAUUUAAUGUUUGCAUGAGUUUUUCUAAUGAGAAACUGUUAACUGAUAUUCCUGCAUUCACCUGCCUUUGGGAAUGCUGAAGUGUACAGAGAUCUGUUAAGAGAAAACAACACAGAUGCUAACAUAUUUCAAUUUUCUUUUUUGUAUAAACUGUUAAUUCUCAUGUAUUUGUAUUCCUUUAAAUACUACAAUAAUUAAAUAAUUAUUUCAUACUUAA